AUAAUAACGAGCGCACAGCGUUGGAUGACUUUAGUAGCGAAAAGAUUGAAGACGACGACACAACGAGUGUUAUUUUUCAUACACAUCUCAUACAGUGCUGUGAAUACACGAUGGGAUUCGUCGUAUUCUUCGUUAUUGCCGUUCUCGGUCUUCAUUGUUUCAAUAAUUUAGACAGCGUAUCUGCGGAAGCCACAAAGACCACGCCGUGCGGACAAAAUGAGAUAUACAUGAACUGUGCCGUGGAGACAUUCUGUUCUGAAUAUGAACGCAUUUUUGGAAACUCCAGGGCGACGAGAGACUCAAGAAGAUGCAUUGAGGGCUGCGUUUGUAAGCGCGGUUACGCGCGGUUAAACCACAAAAUGUGCAUCUUAGAAUCCGAAUGUCGGUUCUACUACUAAAUCCAGUUAUCAAGUGACCUCUACAAAUUAAAACGCAAAAAACGAGCUCGGAUAAGGCACAGCGAACAUAAAAAAAGGAGCUGAUAAAACGCCUGUCAGCGAUUUAUAAGUCUUAAUCUGUUCAGAAACAUCUUUAAAAUUACUUAUGCAUUGUGUAAUUACACAUAAAUGUGAUUAUAUAUGUAUAUCGAUAUAGUCAAGUGAUUUAAAACAAAUAUAUCUUAUCAAUGUUCCGAUAUAAAAACGAAUAUCGAAAAAAUGCCGUGCUAUAAUUUAAAUUGGAUAAAUUAUGAAUUGUUUAAAUAUGUUUGCGCGCAUCGACGACAAUGCACCUGAAAGGCAAGGAGUACAUUGAAUGCGUAAAACGAAUGAACAGGCGAAGCAAGAACGUUUUAAUGGAGACAGCUGUUGCAGUUAAGAGUUGUUAGUUACGAUCGCUUACCAUCGCUGCUUUUGUGUAAUAUAGGGUAUAACUUUCUUUUCAUGCAUAGUUCGUAUUCUGAGUAAUCAACCGACAUGUGAUAUAUCAAGACACUUGUAGUUUUAAUGUUCUUUCUUUUAUUGCAUCACCAAUAACAUUAUAUAACGGUCGAAAAUUUUGUUUUUCAGAUAUCUUAAUUUUAUUUGCAAUGACUUAAAAUCAAUCUGACUUAAAAAUAACUCAAACUGACUUGAAUUAUUUAGUUAUUGAUCAAACUAUGUAUACACAAUCAUGACUAUUAUAAGGAUUUGUUAAAUUUUGUCGACGAAUUAAAAAAAUAAUUCUGAAAAUGAUCGUUUUCAGUAAAAGAAACUCACAUCAAAUGUAUAAUAAAUGUCUAAUUUAAUUGUUUAA